GGAAAGUGUCCUUUCCCCCUCCGCUUAUGCCACAACCGUUUUGAAUUUUCUAUCCUGGUGCGACUCGCUUCGAGUAGAGACAAAGUUGCCAAUUUGCAAGGAGAGAACAACAUCUGUAGCGCAGGAAGCCCUGAGGCCCAGGGGCCGCGUGUCACCUGUCACUCUCCUUUCACGAAGAUUGACUCUCGCUCAAAACAGCGUUCCAAGGACUCCGUUGACAUGAUCUGAUGGUCUGACAGAGGCUGGUAAAUAUGGGACGGAGCAUAUGCUUGGCGCUUCUGAUCGUCAAUUUGAUGUUGGCAUUCCAGGUCAUUGAAGCGAUUGAGAGUGAAUGCUCGGCUUGCCAAGCUAUUGCAGAAGAGUUGACGACAGCUAUAAAGAAUGAGAAACCUCGCAACCAUAUUGAUCUCAGACACCGGCUCGACUCGAAAGGCCAGAGAGAAGGGCGCGUGAUUGACUACAGAGUAAGCGAGUUGCGCGCGUUUGAACUGCUUGAGGGCUUGUGCAAAGCCACAAAGGCUUACCGGCUAAACGAGACUGUAUGGCGGAAACCAACAGCAACGGAGUCACCUUCGGAUCCAGCCUUAAAACGACUGGCCGAAGCACAGUCCAAAGAAAUACAAACUUACUGCGAUCGGCUUCUUGAACGGGUGGAAGAGGAACUGGCGACAGCCAUAAGGGAAGAUGGGAUAGACGACAUUGAGACGCUUCUAUGUCGAAAGCUGAGCCGAGCGUGCCGGCCGAGAAAGAAGCGGGAGACGGCACGCGGGACGCCAGAAGUCCAGCCAUCGGACACGAAAGGAGAACUGUAGGAGCUGUACGGAUUCGACAGGGGCCUCUCAGACGGAAUGUGGUCCUGGUUUGACUCGAUCAGAUGGAGUGUCGUCUUGGUUUGAUUUGAGUCAAACCAGGAUUAUUGCGAUUAUACUGCCGUGCUUUAUGUGCCCCGCCGCUUUGAACUAGAUUCGAUGCGGAGGCAUUAAUUUGACGCCGGAGCCAGUGGUAUAUGGUCGUGUUCCGUGCCAUAUAAAUCACAUGAUACUCCAGCUCAUUCUUUCGAACUCACGUGGGUCUCCUUGGGGGCGCUACUUUGUACGGGCAGUGGCCAUCAUCGAACUAUACUUUUGGUAUAGCCACUUUCUCAGGAUCACUGGUGUCACUGUGGACGCUGUUAUAUGCAGGUCAAUGUAUACAUAGACUCAGAGGUCGCAGUG